AUGGAAAUAUUAUCUUCAUCUUGGUUUGACACAAGUUUAAUUGAUCAAGUUUGUUUUCAACAACUCAAACAAAUUCAAUGGAAAUAUUAUCUUCAUCUUGGUUUGACACAAGGUAUCUGGCAUGGUCAGAUGUCUAAAACAUCUGCUGAAAAGUAUUCCAUAUGCCAUACAUACGGAAGAUCGAAAUCUGUGAUUGAAGAACGUAUCAGAGUCAUCGAAAAACAUUUAAAACAAGCACAAGAUGCCAUUACACAGUUUGAAGAAAAGAUCUUAUCAGAAUGUGAACAAAAUCAUGAUUGUUUAAGUGUAUUGAAAGAAUUAAACACAAUUAUUUAUCAAUUAGUUCAAGAAAAACAACAAAUUGUAAAAGAUAAAUUCGAAUAUCAAAGAAAAAUGUUACUUUUCAAUGCAACUGACCAUCUGUUACUUAAAAAUUUCUUCGAUAUUGAACCAAACAAUAGACAUAUCACAUGGGCAAGGCAUAUAUGGAAAGCAACAAAAGACCAGUUGAUAAUAGAAGAAGAUAUUGCUUUGUUACAACAUCGUCCUAUAUCUACAACAUUAAAAUCAACAUCUCAUUUACUUCAUAAAAUCAUCAAUAAUAUUGACAAAAAUAUUCAAAAACUCAAUAUUCCAAUAACCGACUCAACAACCACUUAUGCUUCGUCGAACAACAAUGAAACACUAAUAACUUUGAAGAAAGAAAUUAUUCAACAAGCUAUCUUUAUCCAUCAGAAAGAACAUGAACAAAUCCAAACAACUAUACAAACCGAACAGAACAAGUUUUUCGUUGAAAAUACAUAUAUGGAAACAACAUCUGAAUAUCAGAAACGUGUGAACGAAGCUAUCGAACAACGUGGACAACAUAUGAUAGAACGCGAAAAUUAUACCAAACAAUUCCUUUUAUCAUCAUCAUUCAAUCUAACAGAUCAUCAACCAUCAACAAGCGAUUCUUAG